GUCUUCCCAACAUUAUAUUAUGCACAUCGCAUCAGUUGUCUAACGAAGAAAGCAAUGGAGACGCAUUUUCAAUCGAGAGCGAGGAAGGGGAUGAUGGAGGGGCUUCUCCGCCGGAUCGUCGUGUUCUCCGCAAUUUUUUCGAUAUCUUUCCUGAGCGUCCAUGGGGACAGCGUCACUCCUUCCGAAGCAAGGCGACUCAGAGACGAGGUUAGAGAUAUGUUUUAUCAUGCCUUUGAUGGAUACAUGCAACACGCUUUUCCCCUUGACGAAUUGAGACCGUUAAGCUGCGGAGGAGAGGACUCUCUUGCUCGUCGUUGGUGAUAUGGAGCAGGUUGAUUCCUUGGACACGUUAGUGCUACUUGGUGAUCGUGAACGGUUUUCCUUUGCAGUAGAGUGGCUGGGCAAGAAUCUGCGUUUUGACAUUGACAAGACAGUUUCUGUUUUCGAGACCACCAUCCGUGUUCUUGGUGGUUUGCUUUCAGCCCAUCAUUUUGCGAGUGAUGAUGCCACAGGGAUGAAGAUUCCUUCUUACAAUGACGAGCUACUACAUUUAUCUGAAGAUUUGGCUACAAGAUUGCUUCCUGCAUUUGAAACUCCCACAGGAAUUCCAUAUGGAUCAGUCAAUCUGCUCCAUGGGGUUGAUAAAUAUGAAAGCAAGAUAACAUCAACUGCUGGUGGUGGCACGUUAACUUUAGAGUUUGGCAUUCUUAGUCGUUUGACAGGCAACCCUGUUUUUGAGAAAGUGACGAAAAAUGCUGUCCGUGGGAUAUGGGCUCGACGCUCUGAACUUAACCUAGUUGGUGCUCACAUCAAUGUUUUCACUGGAGAAUGGACACAAAAGGAUGCGGGGAUAGGUACAAGCAUUGAUUCUUUUUAUGAGUAUCUACUGAAGGCGUAUCUGCUAUUUGGCGAUGAGGAAUAUCUUUUCAUAUUCCAGGAAGCAUAUAAGGCUGCCAUGCAGUACCUUCACAGCGAUCCUUGGUACGUGGAAGUAAACAUGGACUCUGCUGCUGUAGUUUGGCCUUUAUUUAAUAGCCUGCAGGCAUUCUGGCCUGGACUUCAGGUCCUAGCUGGGGAUAUUGAGCCUGCUGUUCGCACACACAAGGCAUUCUUUAGUGUCUGGAAGAAGUAUGGUUUCACACCAGAGGGCUUUAAUCUUGCUACAUUUAAUGUUCAGCAUGGUCAAAGGAGUUAUCCACUGCGUCCAGAGUUAAUGGAAAGCACAUAUUGGCUAUUCAAAGCUACAAGAGAUCCAAUCUAUCUUGAUACAGGGCGUGACAUGGUCGCCAGUUUGCAAUAUGGUGCCAAAUGCCCUUGUGGGUAUUGUCACAUUAUGGAUGUUGAAUCUCACGAGCAAGAAGACCAUAUGGAAAGCUUCUUCCUUGCAGAAACUGUCAAGUAUCUCUGGCUUCUUUUUGAUUUGGCAGUGGGUGCUGAAAAUAUUGUUGAAAAUGGGCCAUAUCAGUAUGUGUUCAGCACUGAAGGGCAUUUGCUGCCUCUAUCUCCUGAAAUAUCAUUAGUCCAGGAGCAUUGUACAUAUUUUGGGGCAUAUUGCAGGGGCAAAGAUGGAGAUAGAUCAUUCAGUGAUCAUUUGGACAUGAAUGACACAAUGUACAACACCCGGCACACUUCGUCAAAAUAUCCUCCAUAUCCUGGGUUAGAGGAACCCAUUGUCUCAGGUUUAAUGAAGGGAAUUUGCCCAGGUCUAACCCAUAAUCGGAAGUAUGGCCUAUCUUAUGUGGCCGAUCCAGAGCCAUCAUUGAAGAAAGUUCGGGAACAUCAGUCAACAUUUCAGUCAAGGAUUGACUUUAUUAAGAGCCAUUCUGUUGUUGUUAUAUCUGAUAUAGAUGUCGGAGGCCUGGUUUCUGCUGAUGACAAGGAUAAUACCAAAAUCUCGUUAACUAUAGACAGCAGUUUAGUUGAUUCCCGUGGCAAGAAUGAAUAUAUGGAGAAUGAACUAAACAGUGUACUAAGUAAUCAAUCUCAGAGGUCAACUUCACAUGGUGCGUCAUAGUAUCACAGUUGAUCUCAUUCACUUGGUUUUUAGCUUGCAGAACUUGUGAGCAUUCAUUGCUGAAAAUUACCUACCUGCCGCGUUUACUGCUUUGUGCAGGAAGAGCAUGUACAUUAGAUAUGGCUAAAAGCCUAUUCUUUUCUUUGUACUGUAAGUUGAAAAUUUUUUAUUGUUCAUUGUAGUAAUAUUUCUUGCAUUCAUGAUUCUUCAAUUACUUUACGAACACCUUAGUUUCAGUGGUACGAGGGAAGGGACUGUAAUCAAUAUGGGUUGCUUCGGGCAUGGAACACUAUGUUCGAUGAAAUUUGAGAACUAUCUAAUAAUGUAAUAUAUGAAGUUUUGUGGUGAA